AUGGGCGACAAACGCAUUUCGGAGACGAAGGAGAAGCCUCGUGAAGAUGCAAUUGCUACCAACUCAACUCAUCAACCAACCGCUGCACCUUACGAUCUGAUGAGCGCUACAGAAGCCGGUAUUGUUGCCGCGUACGUUCAACCAAGAAACACGAUGGAAAGAUGGGUCAAUAAACUCGAGAGUCUUGCUGGUAUUGAAGCCAGAGGCAUUGAGCGUGUUCCCGAGAGUAUCAAAGCAGAAAAGACCACGACGGGAGACUACGUGCAGAUGUGUCUAAUCUGGCUUUCAGCUAAUCUUACCGCCAAUAACAUGAUGAUUGGCAUGCUGGGUCCCUUGAACUUUGCACUUGGGCUCCGGGAUAGUAUGCUUCUGGCCACCUUCGGGUCCCUCAUAGGGGGAGCCGGGAGCUCCUACAUUGCAUCUUUUGGACCCGCCAGUGGAAACCGUACUUUGGUUAUUGCUCGUUAUACGAUGGGCUGGUUUCCGUCCCGCCUCUGUGUUGCCCUGAACAUCGUCAUCAUGCUUGGUUACGGAAUAAUCGAUAUUCUUGCUGCAGGAGAGAUCAUGUCAGCUGUGAAUGGAAAAGGAAUGUCCGUGAUUGUUGGCGUUAUCGUAGCGGCAGCAAUCUCGCUAGUGAUCUGUGUGGUUGGUAUCCGGCUCUUCCACAGCUAUGAACGAUGGGCGUGGCUGCCUCAGGUUAUAGUGGUCUUGAUUCUAAUCGGCGUUUCUGGGCCUUAUUGGGACCCAACGUCUCUGUCAAGUGGCAGUGGAGCAGCAAAGUCCGCAGAUCAGGCAAGUUUCUUCUUCCUUUGCCUGGCAUCACCUCUUUCGUGGUCCCCCGCCGCGGCAGACUUUUUUGUCUAUUUCCCCACAAACUGUAAGCGGUGGAAAGUUGCUCUUGCUACCACACUUGGACUCGGAGGUUCAUGUAUGAUUUCCUACUAUAUCGGUGUCGGUCUAGCAUCAGGAGUUGCAGGCAAAGAGUCUUGGGCGGUGGCAGCAGAUAAAGGUCUUGGUAUUCUGCUUGUCGAAGCUUAUCGUCCGUUGGGCGCAUUUGGUAACUUCUGCUCUGUUGUCAUCGCUUUGGGUGUCAUCUCCAACAAUAUCCCUGGCACCUACUCGGCUGCAUUGAGCUUUCAAUUGCUAGGUUGCUGGAUGCAAAAGCUGCCUCGCUUCCUGUGGACUGUCAUUGUGGUUAUAAUCUAUACUUCAUGUGCGUGUGUCGGCAGAAAUGAGCUCUAUGGAAUUAUCCAAAACUUUGUGGUCAUUAUGGGUUACUGGACGGCGGCGUGGAUCACUAUUUCUGUCGAAGAGGAGUACAUAUUUCGCCGCCGAAAUGGAGGCUAUGACUGGUCUGUAUGGAACGAUCCGAAGAAGCUUCCUGUCGGUCUCGCGGCAUGCAUCGCAUUCCUGGCUGGCUGGGCCGGUGCGGUGCUAGGAAUGUGGCAAACCUGGUUUACUGGACCUAUUGCAAAGCUGGUUGCCUCCGGUAUUGACAUCGGCAUCCCUCUCUCUAUAAGCUGGACAGCCCUUAUUUAUCCUCCUUUGAGAUACGCUGAACUCAGAUACUUUAAUCGUUAA